AGAAAAGAAAGCAGCGCAACCACAGAGGCUGAAACCCGGAGACCGGGCUGCGCGUCGCGGGGCCACCAGUUUGCGCGCAGGGCGCGGGGCAGCGCGCGGCCACGGCCAUGGACGCGCAGCGGGGCAUCGGCGGCUUCGUGGUGUGGGACUACGUGGUGUUCGCCGGCAUGCUGCUCAUCUCGGCAGCCAUCGGUAUCUACUAUGCCUUGGCGCGGGGCGGCCAGCAGACCUCCAAGGACUUCCUGAUGGGCGGCCGCAGCAUGACCGCUGUGCCGGUGGCGCUGUCCCUCACCGCCAGCUUCAUGUCAGCGGUCACCAUCCUCGGCACCCCCGCCGAGGUCUACCGUUUCGGGGCCAUAUUCAUCAUCUUCAGCAUCACCUACUUCUUGGUGGUGGUCAUCAGUGCGGAGGUCUUCCUCCCUGUGUUCUACAGGUUGGGCAUCACCAGCACCUACGAGUAUUUAGAACUUCGAUUUAACAGAUUUAUUCGUCUCUGUGGAACAGUCCUCUUCAUUUUUCAAACAAUUUUGUACACUGGAAUUGUUAUUUACGCCCCUGCUCUGGCUUUGAAUCAAGUCACAGGAUUUGAUCUGUGGGGCGCAGUAGUGGCAACAGGGGUGGUCUGCACAUUCUACUGCACUCUGGGUGGUCUUAAAGCAGUUGUCUGGACAGAUGUUUUUCAAGUUGGAAUCAUUGUGGCUGGAUUUGCAUCUGUGAUUAUACAGGCUUCAGUGACUCAAGGUGGCAUCAAUGCGAUUUUAAGUGAUGCCUAUAAUGGUGGAAGAUUAAACUUCUGGAAUUUUAAUCCUAACCCUUUGCAAAGGCACACGUUCUGGACAAUUAUCUUAGGAGGGACCUUCACAUGGACCAGCAUCUAUGGUGUCAACCAGUCCCAAGUGCAGAGAUACAUUUCCUGUAAAAGCAGAUUCCAGGCAAAACUGUCUCUCUACAUCAAUCUUGUGGGACUUUGGAUAAUCCUUAUCUGCUCAGUGUUUUGUGGAUUUGCCCUGUAUUCCAGGUACCAUGAUUGUGAUCCAUGGACAGCUAAGAAAGUGUCUGAAGCAGACCAGCUCUUGCCUUAUUUGGUACUGGACAUAUUGCAAGAUUAUCCGGGGGUUCCUGGUCUUUUUGUGGCUUGUGUUUACAGUGGAACAUUAAGCACAGUAUCCUCCAGUAUAAAUGCCUUGGCAGCAGUAACUGUGGAAGAUCUAAUUAAACCUCACUUCGGGUCCCUCUCUGAAAGGUCUCUCUCUUGGGUUUCCCAAGGAAUGAGUGUGCUGUAUGGAGCCCUUUGUAUUGGAAUGGCUGCCCUGGCAUCACUAAUGGGAGCUUUGUUACAGGCAGCACUCAGCAUAUUCGGCAUGGUUGGUGGACCACUUCUGGGCUUGUUUUCUUUGGGCAUUUUGGUUCCUUUUGCCAAUUCAAUUGGAGCAUUUGUUGGUCUGUUGGCUGGAUUUAUCAUUUCUUUGUGGGUUGGAAUUGGAGCUCAACUUUACCCUCCACUUCCUGAGAGAACUCUGCCAUUACCCCUUGAAACCUAUGGGUGUAACAGCACAUACAAUGCGACAAAUUUGAUGACAACCACAGAAAUGCCAUUUUCUACUAGUGCUUUUCAAAUACAUAACACUGAAAGGACUCCACUGAUGGACAAUUGGUAUUCUUUGUCAUAUCUGUACUUUAGCACCCUUGGAACUUUGACAACUUUAUUUGUGGGGUUGCUUAUCAGUUUACCAACAGGAGGAAGAAAACAGGAUUUAGAUCCCAGAUUCUUACUAACCAAAAAGGACUUUUUAUCCAAUUUUGAUAUUUUCAAGAAAAAAAAUCAUGUUUUAAGCCACAAGUCUCAUCCUCUGGAGGAUGGUGGGACUGAUAAUCCUGCCUUCAGCCACAUUGCAUUGAACUUCACAGAUCAGAGCAGCAAGGACAAUGGGACUCGCUUGUGA